AUGGAGCUGAAGAGAGGAAAGACUUUCAUCAAAUCAAGCUUGCAGUUUUCUCAUGAGAAACCGCAAGUACUGGAAGCUGCUUGCCAGUCUAGGGAGGAUUCUGGACUCUGCUCAGUCUCAUUGGAGGGGCAGCAGAAGUCCUGUGGUGAUAGAGGCCCUCUAGCCAGCCCCAUACUCAAAGAAUAUUGCAGAUUCCCCAACAAUGGGGCCCAAUCAGGCGCCAAGGAGGGACACAAAGACCUCUAUGGGGCCACUUUCAAACUGGUGCGGAAGAGCAAGACUCAUGACUGCAUGCUGGAGGCUGUCACAGCCACCUCUGCAGGAACACUGGUGAGCAGUGCCAGUUAUCCAGGCCCCCCCAGUAGUUGGGCACCUGCAGUCAGUUGUGGCAGCCAGCACAUGAUAGACUAUCGCCACUUUGUGCCCCAGAUGCCUUUUGUACCUGCUGUGGCUAAGAGCAUCCCUAGGAAGAGGAUUUCCCUGAAGUGCCCCAAGAAAAGCUUCUGGAACCUAUUCCACUUUCGUAGAAAUAGGACUGAGAACUUGACCUCUCUGGCAGCCAAGGGUAAGGCCCUAUCCUUUUCUGGGGGCCAAUUGGAGGCUACAGGGAAGCUGGGCACAACCUUCUUCCAUUUGGGAGAGGGGCCAGCACCAGAUAGCCUGUGCCAGGACCUGCCAGAUGGUGAGCUCCCAUCAGACUCCUCUUUUGACCUCUGUAGGGCCCUGUGUGAGGACGUGACCUCUCUUAAGAGCUUUGACUCCCUCACAGGCUGUGGGGAGAUCUUUGCUGAUGAGAGCUCAGUAUCAUGUUUGGAGCCGAAUGAAAGCUCAGAAAGCACAGUCCAAGAACCUCAGUCCAUUGAGAGCAAGUUUCCCAGGGCCCCCUCCCAGAGCAACAUGGAGCAACUGGCGUCUCCCGCUCAGAAUGAGGUGUCUGACAUCGCCAAGUGCUGGGACAGUGUAAAUCACUCGGUAAAGCAGCAGCAGCAGCAUACUUUGCUGGGCCCAUGGCUAGGAACACCCCAAGAGCCUAAGGUAGAACAGCCCAGGCUUGACACAGCCAAGCUUGCCAAGUUGUCUCUUUGUUCCUGCAAGAACCCCCACAGUGGUUCCAAAGCCAAUUCCAUAGACACAGGUACCCCCAAGAGUGAGCAGCCAGAAUCUGUGUCUACCAGUGAUGAGGGCUAUUAUGACUCCUCCCCUGGCCUGGAAGAUGACAAGGAAGGGAAGGAGGCCUUGAGCCCAGGAACACCUGCAGCUACCUUCCCUCAGGACACCUAUAGUGGAGAUGCCCUCUAUGAGCUCUUCUGUGAUCCUAAUGAGGGCCCUAUAGGCCUGAGUUUGAAAGAUGAUCUGUGUGUGUCUGAGAGUCUGGCAGAGCCUGUACCAGGCACACCCCUGUCUAUAUGCAGCUUCCAUAUGGAGGCCAAGGAGAACCUGGCCCCAUUGCCUGACCCCAACCUGCUUGACCAUGACUUCCUGCAGAGCUCCUGGAAAGGCAAGGAGUGCCUGCUGAAGUUCUGUGACACCGAGCUCUCCAUCACCAUGGGCAUCAUCAACUGGCUCCGCAGGGGCCCUGAACUCCAGACUCCACAUGUCCCUGCUCCUGGGGAUUCUUCCUCUCCACCUGAUCCCUGGAGAGCCCCCAGGGGAUUGGCAGAGAAGCUGGAAGUCAGUUCCAUGGAGGCAUGCCCAUGCCCAGAGAUCCUGGAAGACAAGGGGGACUUGCCCUCAAAUGUAAGUAGGGCCACUAUGUACUCAACACCCCUUAGACAGGGACUGUGGAUGCAAUCAGGAACCAAAGGUCAACCUAUAAAAGAAAGCAAGGUACAAGGGGUAUCCAAGUGGAGUACCCACAGUUCAUCCAAGAGUCCCCCUCUGGAGCUCAUUCAGGUCUCUAAGGAAGAUUUAUUCUCCUCUGUGAAGUCUGUAGCCAAGGUGGCAACAGACACAUCCAAAAUGAGCAAAAUCUCAAAUCCCCCUGCCUUUACAGGCUCCCAGAAGGAGCCCAGGCCACCCAUGAACUUGGGGUGUCUGCAAGGCCCCUGGAAGCUGAAUCUUGGCAGCACUUUAGAGCAAGAUCCCUCUGUGAUGGGUUGUGUGGCCCAAGUAGCAGCUCUACAGGUCUAUCAGAACAGCCAUUGCCGAGCAGAGAUCCAUCAGAGGCAAGAUGUAGGCAGUGGACUUUGUGGACUGCCUAUAUCCAGGAGCUCUGCUACUCUGCAGCAGAGAGAUCUGGGUUACCUUCCAGCUGCUACUUGUAGCCUACCCUGCUCAAGCAGUCUACUCCAGAGCCCACAGGACCAGAGGUACACAGACCACAAUCUGGGCCUGAGAUGGCCUAGUGGGGCACAGAGGAGUCUGCUGGACUCUGUCCCAAGUCGUGAGAGCUUCUCACCAGGAACCCUGGGCCUUGCUUUCCAUAGCCAGAGUGAGGCAGCCACCUUCACAAGUCCCACAGACCAGACUACUGCAGCCACCACCUGGCCCAUGAGCACAUCUAGUAUGGCCAACCAGAGGUGA